AUGGACAGUAAUAGUUAUUCGUUGUUAUCAUGUCGGGUUUGUGGCGACAGGAGUUCCGGGAAACACUAUGGGACUAUCUGUUGCGAUGGCUGCUCUUGCUUUUUCAAACGUAGUGUCCGUAAAGGUGCGAUAUACUCCUGCAUAACGGGUCGGGGAAACUGUGUAGUGGAUAAAGCCCGAAGAAAUUGGUGUCCAUACUGUCGACUGCAGCGGUGUUUUGCAGCAAAAAUGAACGUGACCGCCGUUCAAGAGGAGCGAGGUCCCAGAAAACCAAGGAAGUCAACGGGCUUAUCGAAAGUAACGACACCUAUAUCAGCUCGAUCAACUUCCGUGAAGAGCUCAUUUACGGAGGGAAUGCAGUUUCAAAUCCUUGCCCAAAUUUUAGUGGCUUGUGUGCGUCAAGCUAGAUGUAAUGAAUUCUUUCGGUUGUUUGACCAGUGUCAGCAAAAUGAAAUUCUCAAAGUUGUUUGGAGCGAACUGUUCAUAUUAAAAGCGUCUCAUUGGUCGUUGGAUUUAAGCCGAGUCCUUGAUGCUUGUGGAGACGUUCAUUUGAAGCGAGCUAUUGAGGAUGCGAAACAUUUGAAAGCUGAUGUGAUGGAGCUGUCAUAUCUGGAAACCCUAUUGCUGUGUCGGAAAGAGUAUGCGCUCAGUGCAGAAAACUCCAAAUAUCUGGAAUACUUUUCCGAAAACGCCCUCACCUCGUUGGGAAAGUAUACGAUGCAUCAGUGGAAUCGAUUUGGAAAACUCUUGUUGGGCUUACGUGGAAUAUCUCUGAAGCAGAAUGAGACUGUGCUCCAAACAAUGUUCAGAAAUAUCAUUCAGGAUUUACUUCUUCAGAAGGAUCACAUUAAAUCAUAAACAAUAUUUUAUUGUAGUUUCCUCUCUCAUUUUUAUUGCUUUUUGUUAAAUUUUGAUAACAGAUAAAUCACAAUACAAUAAAUAAAAAAUAAAACGACUUUCACAUA